GAACGCAUAGACAGGGAGCAACUCUGCGGGCAGGUGCAGAUGUGCCUGAUAAACCUAGAAAUCUUGGUAGAAUUCUCUAUGAAGGUUUUCAAAGUGGAUGUAGAAAUCACCGACCUGAAUGACAAUGCUCCCAAGUUCCAGCAAGAUAAACUGCAGUUUCGAAUCAGUGAAACAGCAGCGGUGGGAACGCGGUUCCCGCUGGAAGAGGCACAAGACAUGGACGUGGGGCUGAAUGCGCUGCAGCGCUACGAGUUGAGCGGCGAUGAGCACUUCGCUCUGGAUGCGCAGACCGGAGCAGAUGGCUCGAAAUAUGCGGAGUUAGUGUUGUCGAAGGCCCUCGAUCGGGAAGAAGUCGCUUUUCACGAUCUCGUGCUGACGGCAGUGGACGGUGGGGAUCCAGCGAGGACGGGCAUGGCGCGGAUCCACGUGGUCGUGCUAGACGCCAACGACAACCCGCCGGUGUUCAGCCAGGCGGUGUACACAGUGCGGGUGAGGGAGGACGUGCCUGUUGGCUCUGUCCUGCUCGCCGUGAACGCCACGGAUGCGGACGAAGGCACCAAUGCGGACGUAGCUUAUUCCUUGCGCAGGGCGCCCGGCGGAGCAUCGCGCCUCUUCCAGGUGGACCCCCGAAGCGGAGACGUCACGACGGUGGGCAGACUGGACUACGAAGAAUCGCCUCUAUAUGAGCUGGAGGUCCAGGCGAAGGACGGUGGGGACCUCUUGGCUAGGGCAAAAGUCCUGGUGAACCUGAUCGACGUGAAUGACAACGCGCCUCUUAUCACCGUGACGUCUGUCGUGAGCUCUGUUUCCGAGAACAGCCCCCGGGGGACUGUUAUCGCUUUAUUAAAAGUUAAAGACGAAGAUUCAGGAGCGAGUGGGAAGGUGAGACUAUCCCUCGCCGACACGUUCCCCUUCCGCCUGGAGAAGUCUUUUGAAGACUACUACAGCGUGGUGACAUCGGGGGAGCUGGACCGCGAGGCGGUGGCGGAGUACAACGUGACGGUGCGCGCGACGGACGGCGGGUCGCCCGCGCUGUGGAGCAGCGCGGUGCUGCCGCUGCGCGUGCUGGACGGGAACGACAACGCGCCGGUGUUCGCGGAGGCGCGCUACAGCGCGUGGCUGCCCGAGAACAACGCCAAGGGCGCGCUGGUGCUGACGGUGCGCGCGUGGGACGCGGACUGGGGCGAGAACGCGCGCGUGCGGUACCGGCUGUGGGAGGGGCAGGUGCGCGGCGCGCCGCUCUCGUCCUACGUGUCGGUGCACGCGGAGACGGGCGCGCUGUACGCGCUGCGCUCGUUCGACUACGAGGAGGUGCGCGAGGUGGAGCUGUGGGUGCGCGCGGAGGACGGCGGCGCGCCGGCGCUGAGCAGCAACGUGUCGGUGCGGCUCUUGAUCGUGGACGAGAACGACAACGCGCCGCAGGUGCUGUACCCGCCGGCGGCGUCGCUGCUGCGGGCGGGCUGCACUUCCAGCGCGGGGCCUCCGGGUGCCGCUGCUGCCCGAUGUGAAGCGGCGCCGCAGACAGAGCCAGACCUGAAGCCGGAGCAGGCGCAGCCUCCUGCGGGGCGGCUUCUCUCUCGUAAAGCACCGGGCGGACAGCGCCGACACGGACCGAAAAAGCAGCUGAGACGGCAAGAAGAAGCGGCGAUACAGGCG